CUGGCUUGCGCACGGCUCGCAGGGCCAAUAAAUACGCGGCACAGUGCGCUCAUGUUGCAUUCGUCAUUAGCUUUCGUCAGAUUCUCUUGUGGUUGCAGCUUUGUCAACGUCACUACAUCAUCAUGCCUACUCCAUGCUGCGAAAGGUGUAAGGAAACCUGCCCAGAGUCUGGCAGCUGUGGGGAAAACUGCACAUGUGGCUCCGAGUGUCAGUGCUGCAGCAACAGCAACAGCAGCAGGGGUACCGGGGAUGCCGCAGCAAAGAAAUGUCAGUGCUAAGGAAAAGGGGAGUGCAGCUGCCCCAAAGAUGCCUGUGACUGCAACUAGCCAACCAGUUCCAUGUGGCUUCAGUGCAGCUGUGUCCUUGUAACAUUCACUUUAUAUUCUUCCUUUCAUAAUUAUGACAUGUUUGCAUUGUAAAUCAGUUUUUGAAAUUCACAGUUAUGCUUUCAUAAAGAGAGUGAAGUACCCAGAUAUAAUUAUAUGUGAGAGUGUCGGAUUGUAUCAAGUGUAAUGGAGAUUGCCAUAUAUGAUCAUGUAUUGCCAUUCCAAUAAUUGAAUAAAUCAGUAUUAAUUACUUCUGGGUUCAAGAA